ACUCUAUGUUCUGCAAACAAAUUUACAUAUGCUUGAGUGCCUUCAACCCGGAUGGACCCACAUAUGCCCACAUAUAUACAGGGAAGUUUGAGUGGUACAGUCCAACAGUGGCACCACUUGUGUUCAUGCUGACCACUUCGGCUACUGCGGGUUACACACUCGCACUCUCUCCUGGACUGCAUGUGUUCAGAGUUUGGUAUCAGUUCCCAGUGCACUUCUGUUUACAAAUAUUCUCCAACACUAUGUUCACACUGGGAUCAAAAAUGUACAUUCAACAAAUGCUCAGUCCCUAUUCUGAAUCCUUUCAAUUUUAUGGAGAAAAGAUCAGUUCCGCAUUCGAACAAUUGUUGAGAGCUGUCGAGGGAGGAGCUGAACACGGAAGUGCUUACAGUCAACUCAUGGCAUGUUUACAUCCUCCUCAACUGAGAGAACAGCUGGUCUGGCCGCAGUGGUUGAUGGCACACACUGAGUUGUUGCAGGCAUUUGAAGAGAGCCUGACAGAAAUGCUUGCUGAAUGGACACAAUUUCCUGGUGAGAUGUACCAAGUUUUGGUGACAUUUCAGAUGUUGUUUUUGAAUCCUGUGUUUGGAGAGCAAACUCUAUUGAAAGUGAGGUGCGAAUAUUACGACUAUGUCCAGCAGCGCCGAUGGUCCAAACGACAGAAAGAAAUCCUCCUGGAAGAAGAACUGAAGGAAAGGCUGGCACAAGCUGGUGACACAAAGGGCAAAAAGUCUCCUAAAUCUGACAAGACGGGGAAACCUACGAAAGAAAGUCUUAAAAAAGGAUCUGUGAAAUCUGCUAAAACAGGGAAAACUGGAAAACAAAAGGAGGCCAAGGGUAAGACGAAGGCAGUCAGUAAGAGGGAACAGUUGAGAACACUGCUUCAAUGCAAAGAGAAAAGCUUGUUUCUCGGUGACCACAACCUAGCCAUCAUCAUACUCAAGAAGAUGAUGACCAAAGUGCCACACUUGAAGAGAUUGUACCCAUUCAGGUUUGAGGAUGACUUCAGGCUUGUCUUUCAGGAUUAUGUUGGAGAAGUUGAAGUGUCGGAUAAGUGGGUGGUCCUCGUACGAUGCGUUAUGAAUCUGCAUUCAACUGGGAAAGUGCCUUGCAGUCUCCACAUCUGGUGUCCUCUGCAGAAAAUGUUGUUGCGGUUAAUAGACAAUGACACCGAACAAGAUGUCCCGCUCGGCUUCGUAGAGAACAGUGUGACACAUCUCACUAAAAAUAUUGGAGGCUACACUUUGUGUGUAUACGGGAUAACAGAUUUGCCAGUUGUGCCCUGGCGAUUGCGAAGUAUCGGAGUAUCAGAGAUCGACUCGCUGCACAUGUGUGUAGGCCAGGAGUGCCAUGACACACACAUCCAACCUCCACAGCAGUUCCAGCAGAGUUUGCACGGAUUCUACGUCCCCAACAAGGAUAUGCUUAUCACUAGGUGCCUGCUGGAAGCUUAUGCUGACGUGACUGUGAUGUUGCGGUUAAGCCUUUCCAGUGACUCAGUGGUUUGCAGCUUCACAAUCCUGGAUGAGCUUGGCAACUCUGUCCUGAACACUAGUGGUGUAGGACAUAUAAUCAUUCCUGUGCUCAAACUAAAAGGUAAAGAAAGGUCGAGAAGAAGUGAAGUGCUGGAGGAAAGAACCAGCAGCACCAGACCUUGUGUAUACACUCUGGAAGUGAGACUGCUUCACAACUCUUGGCCCCUCAGUCUGGACCAGAGGAAAGCUAUGUUGUACUACAAGGAGCAUCUCCCUGACAUAAUACUGAAUUCUCAGGCUGAUAGUAUUGGAGAAGAAGAUUCACUUAUUGAAAGCGAAAGUCUUGUUGACGAGUUAGAUUUAGAGUUCUUCAGAGAUGUCAAUAAACCAUCAUGGAGUUUAACUUUAGUCGCUAAUGAACAAAAGGUGAUGCCAGUGAGGCUUCGAGAGGAUAUGACUCUCUUUGACCAGCUUCGUGAGCUCCAGUCCAAGUGGAAAGAAGAAGGCAAUGAUGCUGAACUGUGCCAACAACUUAGACAGGACUUUCUCACUCAGAUUGCAGGUGCUGAAGAAGACAUGUCAGAGGAAGCUAUGUUCCACCUGAAACCUAAUAAGACAGAAGAGCUAACACAGCUACUUGGACGAUGCUCUAGCAUCCGCUCACUCGCCAGAAGUGUUCCCAGCGAUUUGAGACACUUCCAUGACUUCCUCAAGUUCUCAAGACAGUCAGAGGAUAAAAUGAGCAGGAUUUCUUUGUCCAGUCAAAUAUCCAUCUCCUUACAUCCUUUAACUCCUAAACCCUCUCGGCCUCUAGAGUCAUCAUCAGUGGUAUCAGGAGAGCAGAAAUUGGAAGAUUCCAUCAAGGAGGAAUCACUGAAGAUAGACCACAGAGACAUGUUGGUGCAGCAAGCUGGGAUAAAUAAGGCUCUGGCUGACUUGAGAGCAAAGAAUAUGGAACGUUUACAAGACGUUUUCGAGCAAACGGCUCUUCUGAGAACACAACUCAUCAGCGAGAUUAAGGCUGCAAAGGAGGCUGAGUUAAAAAAACAAAAAGAAGAGAAAGCAAAAAGUAAAAAAUCUCAAGAUAAGUCACCUGAUAAGAAGACAAAAGGACAGGAUUUGAAUAAAUCUAAGUCCAAAAAGAGUAAAGGAAAAUAGCCAAGUAAAUAUAAGCUUAUUUUCUUUAUAACGUUUAUAAAGAUGUUUUGUUCAUAAAUAUUUUAUGUAUAUUGCAUUUCCAUGAUUUACUGUGUUUUGUUGUAUUUGUUUUCGUUAUUGUAAAAUUGUUGAUAGUCUAUUGUUAUAAGUUAUUAAAAAAAUAAGUUUUGAAUAUUGUUUAUUGAAUAAUGUUAUU